UUCUGCUUUGUACCUCCUCUGGGUGUAGUGCGAGAUGAAUUAUCUGUUGCUUCAAACUGCGAAAAACCGAGUUAAAACACUAGUCUAAGUAUAGUAUGUGCGUGCGAAAUAAUAACCGCGAUAGAAAUAACCGAUUAGUGAAUGCUAAGUACGAGAACGAACCGUAGAAAUAGGUAAAUGACAUAUUCGAAAGCGUCGUGUCACAGCCUAAAAGAAGUGUCGUCGGUAGUGGUCAGGGAGGUUCACACCAAUUUUUUUCCCGAAGAAAAUCUGACGGGCACACUCCUUUCUUGCGAGGAAACUGAAAUUUGUGGGAAAUUAGUCAGCUCGUGGGAGUCUCGGACGGUGUGAGAAGCUAGUUUGCACCCGAAUAGUCGGAGGGAAUGGCCAAUAAUCGAAAUUUUAACAUGUGACCUCAAUUUGACGUUUUGCUCUGAAACUUUCUUGUGUGCUGUUACUGCUGCGGCCGCGACCGACCGAUGGAUAGAUGCAUUUUUCUCCGCCCGGGGUCUUGUUUUGCCUGCGUUCUUCACGUAUGCAGAGACAUCGAUGCUAGUGCACCGACGAAAUAUUAAAAUUGAAAAAUAUGCGAGCAGUGGUUGAGAACGAGUGAAAUUGUUUCGAAAUUUCGCCGCGCCAACGUCGAUCGGCGAUCGUGCAUGUUUAACGCGAAAAGGAGGAUUGUGUCUUCUCAGUAUCUUGAUAUCUGGACGCUCUCAGUUGUCUUGAGUGCGCCGCAGUUCCGAACUGAAACUAGUUAAUUUGUCUUCACCAUUGUGACCAUAGUUGCCGUUCUGUGACUGAAGUUUUUUGCUCUUGUGUCGAUUUUUUUAUCCUAUGAGUCAUUUUUGAUUAUCUGCCGCUUUGCGGAGAAGAAUUCAAUCCAAGUGGACCACCACGAGUGACGACGACUGCGACGAAGGUGGCGGAAAUAUUCUGCAGCGACCGUCCCACUCGUACUGCUGCCGAGAAAAGUGCAAAAUUGGACUGACCCGGGAAAGUCUGGCAGUCGCGCGAACCCAUAAGAACACUUGUCGCUCUGACGUGCACGCCGCUGCCGCCCGCCGUGCACCGAAUGAAUGAAUGAAGUACUUUGAAUGUCGCUUGAAUCUGGACGAAAACGAUAAAAACAAGCCCAGUGCAGUUGCUGCGUCGACUUGGGCCGAGGACGGCCUUCACCGCCGCGCGGACCAGCGUAAUGGACAAGAGAUAAGUGCACCGCUGAAACGCCGGUGAUAUGUACAAGGCAUAACUAUCUAAUGCUGCAGGAGUCUAGUGAAGAAUGGUUUUGAAAGUAUGCACAAGCAACGCGAAUAGUUCCUCGACAAAGGCAACAACAUGCAAUCUCAGGAGAGCAGCCCGGCCUGUGAUAACUCACGUUACAUAUUGCAGGUUUAUGUGGGUGCGCUCUCAUUACACUAUGAAGCUCUUAGUGUAGAAGCUUCGAAGCAGACAACUGCCGAAGAGAUUGUAUCAUGUAUAGUUGAGCGGUUGGGAUUAUUGGGAAGCAAUUAUGAGUUGGCAGAAGUCGCCGGUGAAUACAAGGAGCGGCGCCUCGCUCCUGAAGAAAAGCCAGUAUCGGUGAUGUUAUUAUGGCCACUGCAUUCUGAACGAGAUUUUCAUAGAUUUUACCUCCGUGAAACACAAAGUGAUAUAACGUGGUUGGAUAGUUAUGGGUUGGAUUCUCAUAUUUUUCGAGAUUUCAUACCAUUUCUAUUGCAGCCAGAAAGUAGAGAGUAUCCCGAUCUUUGUCAGUUGCCAGAUUUGAACGAAUCAACACUACUCGAAAAUUUAAAGCAACGUUUCGAGUCUGGUUAUAUUUAUACAUAUGUAGGUAGCAUUCUGAUAGCAGUAAAUCCCUUCAAGUUCUAUCCUAUUUACAAUCCAAAAUAUGUGAGACUUUAUCAAAAUCAAAGAAACGGACCGAUUCUACCGCCGCAUAUAUUCGCAAUAGCUGAUAAUGCGUACUAUUCCAUGCUUAAAGAAAAACGAAAUCAGUGCAUUGUUAUAAGUGGUGAGAGUGGGUCGGGAAAAACUGAGAGUACAAAUUUUCUAUUACAUCACCUAACUGCACUGUCUCAAAAGGGAUCGCAUGGUUCGGGGGUUGAGCAGACUAUCUUGAGUGCUGGGCCUGUGCUUGAAGCCUUUGGAAAUGCGAAAACUGCCCACAAUAACAAUUCCAGUCGUUUUGGAAAAUUCAUACAGGUGAACUACAGGGAAAAUGGAAUGGUACAGGGAGCGGUAGUACAAAAAUAUUUACUCGAAAAAAGUAGAAUAGUUUCACAGGGUUCCUAUGAAAGAAACUAUCAUGUAUUCUAUUACCUGCUGUCGGGUGCAACCGAGGCAGAACGCGAGUAUUUACAUCUGCUACCUGCUGACAAAUAUAACUAUUUGAAUUCACGAAAUCUUACAUUGGAAAAUUGUGAUGAGAAAUAUGAAUUUACGCGACUGAAACAAAGUAUGGAAAUGGUAGGAUUUUCAGCUGAAAAACAACGGCGUCUUUUCAAUGUACUUUCCGCUGUAUUAUUACUUGGCAACGUGGAAUUUUUCCCGAAAAAAUCAACAUACCAUCAUGAUGAGAGCGUUCAAGUGCGAAAUCCCGAAGUUGUUUCGAUAAUAUCCGAAUUGCUAAAAGUGAAACAGGAUACAUUGCUGGCUGCGUUAACGUCGAAACGUGUGAAAGCUAGUGGUGAAACAUUAGUGAUGCAAUAUAAACUGCCAGAAGCAAUAGCUGCGCGAGAUGCAUUAGCCAAGUGUCUUUAUGGUGCUUUAUUUGAUUGGAUAGUUCUUCAGGUAAACCAUGCUCUACUUAACAAAGAUCAAACACCACACACAGGACAUUCGAUUGGUGUACUGGAUAUUUUCGGAUUCGAAGACUUCGGAGCCCAUAACAGUUUUGAGCAGUUAUGUAUUAAUUAUGCGAAUGAACAUCUUCAAUAUUAUUUUAAUCUACAUGUUUUCAAAUACGAACAAAAUGAAUACAAGCGCGAAUGUAUAAAGUGGAGUGAUAUAGAAUUUAUGGAUAAUUCAGGGUGUUUACAAUUGUUUGAAGCAAAGCCAACUGGUUUGCUGUGUAUUUUAGAUGAUUUGUGCAAUUUUCCCGGUGCCACAAAUGAAACGCUACUUCAAAAAUUUAAUAGCGUGCACAAAGAUAACUUAUUCUACGAGAAGCCACAACGGAAAGAAAACGCUUUUAUAAUAAAGCAUUACGCAGGAAAAGUGAAAUACCAGGUUGCGGAAAUGCGAGAGAAGAAUUUAGAUUUAAUGCGGCAGGACAUUGUCAGCGUAUUGAAGAAUUCUAGUAUGGCAUUUGUGCGUGAGCUGGUCGGCGCGGAUCCUGUAGCCGUAUUUCGGUGGGCUAUAAUUCGAGCAUUUUUUCGUAGUUAUUUUGCAUUUCGUAAUGCUGGUGUGAAACACAGAAAAGAAAGGAAUGAUAAUGCGCUUAACAAACUAGCAUCAAAACAACGAUUUCGGCAACAGAAUGAUGUCAUAUUAAGUAAAAAAUCGAAUGUGGUAUGUGAGUCGUCAAGUGCAUUAAAUACGCAACUGCUUAACGCGAGUUCUAAUAGAAAUCCCCGUCGCUCAUGGUCUAGUAUUGCAUUUAAUAAUAAAAAUUUCCCUGAUGGAAAACUAAUAUAUGAAAGCAGUCAAAAUUCUAAUGAGAAUAAUGGAAAUAAAGCCUUCUCUAAAAACUACGCACGUUUUGAACGUUCAGGCCAGGAUGUUAUGGCCCGGGCAUCACAAAUCGUCCAGAAAAAUAAAUCUUUCCGUCCGAGGGAGCGACCGAAAAAAGGUCUCAAGAAUUUACAAACGGUCAAAAUGAUGACUGCAGGCACCACAAACAAUCAGACGGCUGUUAAAACUCGUAAGCAACCAUUAACAGUGACUGCCCAGUUUCAGAAUUCUUUAAGCGCUUUAAUGGAUACGUUGAAUCAGGCAAAUCCUUUCUUCAUUAGAUGUAUAAAAUCGAAUUCUCAUAAAAUUCCAAAUAAAUUUGAUGAUGUGACUGUCGUUCGGCAGUUGAGAUAUACGGGCAUGUUGGAGACUGUUAGGAUUCGGCGAGCAGGAUACAACGUUAGACUAACCUACGAGGAAUUUAUUCAACUAUAUAGGAUAUUGCUACCAAAGGGAUUGCUUAGUUCUCAAAAGGAUGUGAAAGAUUUCUUAAACACAAUGGAUUUGAAUAAGCAGCACUAUCAAUUAGGAAUAACAAAAAUAUACAUGAGAGAGUCACAAAAAAUGAGAUUAGACAUCAAACUGCAUACGAAAAUAAUCGAUAGUAUUAUUUUAAUACAACGAUGGUUCCGGGGAAUUCUACUGAAACGAAAAUUCCUAAUGUACCGAUCAGCUGCCAUAACUAUACAAUCAUAUUGGCGAAUGUAUUUAGCACAAAAGAGAUUAGGAUUGAAGAAGAUGCAAAUCAAUGCUGCCACAAUGAUACAAGCAGCAUGGCGUGGAUACAAAGAGAGAAAAUGGAUGAAAAAGUUAAAACAUGGAAUAGUGAUAGUACAGGCCAGAGUCCGAGGAUAUAUAGCACGUGAAGCAUUUAAAAUAAUGAAACUGAAAAUACAAAAAGAACGGAUGAGAUUACGAUCGACUCAAAGUUUACCAACAACAGAAAGAUCCCAUCAAGAUCCAUAUGUAUCGGAAGUAGCCAAAAGUGCAUUUAAUCGUCCUCAUCAUAGUCUCGAUUCGAAUCUUGAGGAUGCAUCAGUUAGUCGCGUUUCAGCACAAAAAUCUUUACCGCCUGUGCAUCAUCUCAUCGAUGAUAGUGUACUUAGUUCACAAACCAGUGACGUUCUUCAAAAGGCUGGCAAUCAACUUCGAAGUUUGAUGAUAUCAUCCAGUAGUGGCAGUGGUUAUAAUCGACAAACACCAUUUAGUGGGAACACGAUAGGGAACGAGAACUAUUUCCGACAAAAUUCUCAUGACGGCAGUGGGAAGUAUCCACAUUAUCAGAACCUGACUGACGACUAUAGUAAAUAUAGCAAGUUAUAUGAACCUGUGAGAAAAUAUAGCAGUGAUAAUUCGGACUUAUUAAAACGACACGAAAUAUCAAAACCUGCUGUACGUCGAACAGAUUCAGGUCCACCUAUGGGGCACGACAUGGACUACGAAGAUAUAGCGGAUAUGUCUAGUUAUCGAAAAUCCGAGCAGCCCUCGUAUUAUAGUGCAAGAGACUCAUCAAAGACAACCGAUAACAUUUUGAGCUCGACGCCUUAUACAUCGGCGCAUAUUAUUUCGCAGCUCCAAGCCCACAGAGAUAUUCUUCUAUCCCGGACACCUGGAGACGAAAUAAACGCAAAUUAUCAAAAACAUUAUGAAAAUAUCGAACCAUUGCCACUGGCACCGGGUCUACAAAGUUACCACGACUUUCACCAAAAAAGUUCCUACACCCCACAAAAACGAGCCCUCGAAGAAAGUAAUACGAACACACAGAGCGGCUCGUCUUCGACACCACGCGGCAAAGCUGCAACAUUGUUAGGAUCAAUUUCAGAAGAUCAAGGCCAAUAUGCGACAAAGGGUCGACUCUAUAAGCAACCUGGAAAGGGUCGAAGAGUGAAGUCGAAUUUGAGCGAUGAUUUGAAUGUUGUAAGCUUGACACCGCAAUAUCGAUCGAAUAAUGAUAGUUCCACCGAUUCGUUAAAACGACGAAAUUCAGAUCCAACUACAAAUAAAGUGCCGUUAUUGGAGGUGAAUCGAGGGAAUGACAUGUACCAAUGGAGUACACAGAUUAACAUUGCCGGUCACCGGUUUCGUAGUGCUGCGGGUAUUGGAAAAGCGGAAAAAUGUGCAAGUUGUCAGGAAAGCGAUGCCUUCGUUAAUGAAGGAUAUCGAUGUUUGGAUUGUAAGGUUCUCGUUCAUACCAAGUGCAUACAGAACGGUGGUGUGAAGACACUACAAUGCGAAGCGAAAAGGUCGAAACGCUUACGGAAGAAUACAGACAAGACGCUUACGCCAAAUUCAAAGUACUCUGGAACGCGAGAAUACACCGACUCGACCGAUCGUAUCAUUAGUGAUGCUAAGGAAUUGAAUCUCAUGCAAGAUUUCAUUACACAAAAAAUUUACAAGAUGGAGGCUGAAGUGGAGAAAGCAUCGGAUGUGGAUCGUGUGUUCAAGCAAGCAUUGCGAGCAUUUAAAGAAAAUUUGGUGACUCAAUACAGUGUGGCACAUAAACAGAAUUCAGAUUCGCUGAACAUCAAGUACAGGGACUUAAUUGACAAUUUCGGUCAAGUAAUGGAAACAUGUUGUGGGAAAAAGAACGACUUCCCAUUGACAAUGGGUGUGAAUGCUUUUCGUGGAUUUAUGAAUGAAUUUAUGAAUACGAGAGAAACGGAGAAACCGAAAGUGAAGAGGAAAAAGGAUAAAAAAAGGAAGGCCGACGAGCAUACUAACUUUAAUGGCCAUUCAUUUCAACUCACAAUCAUUAAUAUUCCGACUGUUUGCGAAAUUUGCCAAUUGUUCUUAUUAUGGCCGAUUGAGAGAGGCGUGGUAUGUCAAAACUGCCGCUUGACGUGUCACAAAAAAUGCUAUCAGAAAGCCUCGCCAUGCAAUAAAAUUUCUAUAUCACAAGGGCCCGGAUCAUCAUCAUCGCAUGCACAAUCUGAGUCUAAACUAUUUGGAGUGCCAUUAUCAGAUUUAUGUUUAGCAGAAGGUGCUAAGAUCCCAGUUCAAAUUGAACAAUUAAUCACGAAAAUUGAAAUGCAUGGAUUAUACUCGGAGGGAAUAUACCGUAAGAGUGGUGUAAAUUCAAAGAUAAAAGAAUUGAAAAUUAAAAUGUCAGAAAAAUCACCCAAUACUGAAAUCGAUUACGAGUCGUACAAUGUACACGUACUGGCGAAUGUCCUUAAAACAUUUUUGCGUGAUAUGCCCGAACCGUUGUUGACAUUCGAUCGUUACGAUGAUUUCUUGCGUGCUGCUGAUUUGCCAGAUACAAACGUUCGAGUCCAGACGCUUCUUUCACUUAUCAAGAAACUACCUCCAGCUCAUCACUCAUUGUUGGAGCGUCUUAUUUUCCAUUUAGCUUUGGUUGCGCAGCGCGAGAAACAUAAUCGAAUGUCAGCGAGUUCGUUGGCGAUUGUAUUUGCGCCAUGCGUUUUACGGACGAAUCGUAUGGUGCCGGCGCAAGAUAGUUUGAACGACAUAGGGCGCCAGACGAAAUGCAUUGAGACUCUAAUCACUCAGAAAAUGCUGAACGUCAAGAGUACACUUGCUGAUAUUGAUACUUUGGAUACGGCUGCCCAUACAGCAACGACUCGAUUGAGCACGUUACGUAGUUCGAAGGUAUUCUCACCGGAGGAAUUGACGCCAAGGCCAAAUAUGGAGUCUGAAACGGAGGAGAUGAUCCUGGAGGGACAUAUACAGGAGAUCAAGAAGGAAAAGGCACUCCUUACCUCAACUUUGCCAAAUCUUGUACGUGCCACGUCAGACGAUGACUUGCUGUCGACUGAUUUAGAGGGUGAAGGUGGCAGUUUGGAUGAUCUUAGCACAGGUCGUGAUAAGGACAGUCACUCAUUGCUGGAGUGCAGAGACUUCAAGGACAGUGUGGAUUCGUCGAUAGGAAGUCUGAGCGAUAAUCUUAGUCGAAAAACAAUUGACAAUGAAUCAGGAGCGCCAAAUGUGUACCGAGAGUUAAGCAUCCCAGACGACGCGAGCUCCGAUAUUGAUUCGAUGGUAUUGCGGUACAAUGUGCCGAAACAGAGUAUCGACUACAGUCCAAGCUCACGUCAUCAACAUUCCGUAGAGCAAGACACCUCGAAAUCGUCGUCGUCAACAUCUUCAAACUAUCCACCGAAAUCAUCAAGCAAUUUAGUGAGCGGAUCACGUUGGACUGGCAGUCAGCAGAACUUGAGCUACACAGUUGGUAGUAAAGUCGUGGGCAGCACAUGCUCCCCCUCAACAGGUCUUAUCAAACCUUUAGCAAUACGUAGCAUGUCAGGCGGUUAUGAGCCAACGCUUUUCCACAGCCCUUCGCAGAGUAAUGUUGUUAAUAUGAACCCAGGAUUUAGCAAUAAAAACAGUAUUAAAGAUAGUAACAAAAACGGUAGUAAUCGAGGUGGCGGCAAGAAGAAACCAGACAACAUAGACGAUGAGCCGAUCAUGGUGUAAAAUAUUGCAAAUAAUAACCUGAUCACCAACAUAAAGCAAGGUACUGAAAUUGAAUAUGAUACGCUAAAUAUGUAAAGGAUAGAAGUAUAAAUAAUUCACACAUAAAAUGUAUGUUAUUGAAACGAUGUUUAUAUUAACUAUAAAUAAAAGAUAUGGUUAGAAUUAAAUUUAUUUUUAAAUGUCCUCCUUUUGUAAUUGUUAUUUUCUAAAUAAACUAUUAUAAUUAUUUUUAUAACACGAUAGAAGCAAAAAAAUGUCGACGUCGUUAUUUGUGAUUAUUCGAUUCUUCUACGAUAAUUCUUCGUUGUUUAAAUAAAGAAGAAAAGUAAUUUCUAGUUGGAAAUUGUUGAAAAUUUCUAUUCUUUUAUUAUUUCUAUAUUAUUAGUAAUAUUUAAGCCAUUGAGAAGUGUAUAGUUGAAGAAGGAACAUUCAAAGAAAACCCUAUACGCAGGAAUAAACAAGAUUCAUAUAAAUGUUACAACAAAAAUUACAACAUGUUGUGGUUUCAAGAAAAAUGAGAUUCUGCUGCAUUCUAUAUUAUAUAUCUAUUUUUUUUCAUUAAGGAAUAAUAUGGAUAAUGAAGCGUUUCUAAAAGUCUACAUAUAUGAUAAAUUAAUUGAAUACUCUUGUUACACAUUUUUUUUUAAUUAUUUUUGUCAUUUUAGGAAUCUCUAAUAUUAAUAAAUUCUUGUGUACACGACCAAGUCAAUAUAUAGGAAUCAAUAUUUUUUGUACAGUUUUUUUCUUUAAUUUCUGUUAAAUAAAGAGAAUCCUUUGGAAAAAUCUUAUAUUCAAAAAAUGUGUUUCAUUUUCUAUAUUCAAACAUAGAGCA